CCUCGUACUACUCAUCGUCUUGCUGUCAAGAGGAUUUUCAGGUACUUGCAGGGGACAAAAGAUCAUGGGAUUUGGAUUCAGACUUCGGAUAAGCCCACAUGUAUGUGUUUUGGCCCAUUGUGAUGCAGACUAGGCUGACUGCCCAGACAGCUCGCAGUCUACAGUCUACUACCUGUUUUGUUGGUUUUUUAGGGCCUAAUCUGAUCUCCUGGAAAAAUCUAAGAAGCAGCCCACUUUGUCUAAGUAAUCCACUGAGGCCGAGUAAUGCGCUAUUGCUUACAUAGUUCAGGACACUCUUCACAUCCGCUCAGUGUUGUUUGAGCUUGGCUUUCCCAUCACGGUACCAGUCCAUUUGCUGUGUGAUAAUAUUUCUGCUUCAUAUAUACUUGACUGCUAAUCCAGAUCAACAUUCUCGGAUCGAGCACAUUCAGAUUGACUAUCAUUUUGUUCAUCACCAUGUUGCCCAUGGUGAUUUGGCCGUUCAAUACAUACCUACUCAUCUACAGCUGGCAAAUAUUUUUACUAAAAGUCUCCUUAGUCAACGUUAUCAUCGUUAUCAUGCAUUUUUAAAGACAACUUGCACGUUGUUCCUCCCCGCACAGUUUGAGGGGGUGUAAUAAUCUGUUUUUUACCCCGGAAGGCAAACCACCAAAAUCGGUGGGGUAAAAGCCGGGGGACAAUUACCAGAUUUUAUUGAAAAAUAAAAAAACAGAUUACAAAAAAACAUGGGAUCUAGGGAUAUUUAUGUAUUUUUACAUUAUACUCCGUAAUUCUUUAUUAUAAAUAGAUUUAACAGGGCUUCUUAGAGAGCAAUCUGUUCCAUUAUUUGACACUUUCAUCAUGACUAGUAACUCAAAAGGACGAAUCUAGCAAAACUAAAACCACCUGUUACAAGAUUGCUUCUCUCACUACACAAACUCACUGUCUCCUUUACCGCCAUUUCUGUUUUCCGCCAUGAAGGUAAGGAUAAUCGUAGACAACAAGAGCUCUCUCAGCUCAUCUUUCUUGAUAAAAUUUGAAAUCUAGAUCUCUCACAAAACAGAGACUUGAGAGUGAGUGUUACCUAAGUGAGCCACGCCACCAUCUCCUUUAUCCCCUUUAUCAAUUUUAGUACCAAUGAGUAGGCAUGGACCUUGUCGUCGGUCCCGGACUGGCCCGGUAUCGGGUUCGGUACUGUACGGGACUGGACCGGGUAAAGAAAACCGAUCCCGAUGCAGGAUCGAGUACCUCACCAUGUACCAGGUGGGCCUGAUCCCGAGUUUAGCUUUUGGAGACCGGACCAGGCGGUUCCCGUCACAAUGUUCCUUUUUUUUGCUUUUCGGGGGGGGGGGGGGGGGGGUGCUUAUAAGUUAUAACCAUUGCAACGGCUACGGCUCUAUAGCCAUUACGGGUGGGGUUUGGGGGUGGUGUUAAAAAAACUAUAAAUACCUCUCCAUUUUCAUAAAUUUCCUACACUUCUAUUAUCUUAUUCUCUUCUACUCUAAAAUUCUAAUUCUCUCAACUCUCAAUUAUAUCUUCACACUCAUAAACAUAUCUUACCUCAAAAUUAAUACCAUCAUGUUUCAUGAUUUACAUGAAGCAUUUGAAAAUAAAAAACAACAUAGAGUACGUAUACGAUACUUGGAACUCACAAAUAAUCAGGAUUACAUAAAAAGAAAUACAAAAAAAACUACCAAGGACCAUCGUAUUGCUGCUGUAGGAAGAAAGCAGCGACAGACAAAAUUCCUUAUACUUCGAGUAAACGCUCAGGAGCCUUUGUCAAAGAACGAAAUUUGGGUGUUCAAAGUAGCGGUUACCAUAUAUGGAGUUUGCGCAGAAGAUGAUUAUGGAGAGAAAGGACGAUACGUGAUGAGCGGAAGAGGCGGAACAAUCAUGAAUAACGAAUUACUUGAAAUGGUCAGAUUAGGGGUGGGCAAACGGGUCUUGGAACCGCGGUCCGGUCCGGGUAAUGGCGGUUCGGGUCCAAAACGGGCCGGUUCCAUUUUUUGUUUCCAUAAAACGGUCCGGGUAGGGUCGGGUAAUUUUUUUUAAGGAACCGGACCGGUUCCAAAAUUAAAAAAUAACGGGUACCCGGCCCGGCCCGUUAUAUAUAUUGUAUAUUAAUUUAUUUAUAGUUUUUUGAUAAUCGGUUUUGAAAUAGUUUUGUUUCCUGUGCUAGAAGUAGGAUUUUAAAUUGAGUUGCAAUAACAUCCUUUUACUUUUGUUUUCAAAUUAUUGAUUAAAUGUUUCAUAAAUAUCUUUUUACUUUUUAUUGUUAUUGAAUUAUUCCUUUCUAUCGAAUUUAAUUAUUUGUUAAAGACGAUUUUGUUAUAUUUUUUUGUUAUAUUGUUAUUAAAACAUAUAAGGGUCUGUUUGCAACCCAUUAAAAAAAGUGCUUCUAGCUUUUUUUUUAAAGAAAAAAGCACUUAUUUUACCAAACACUACCAACUUUUACUUUCUCGACUUCCGUGUAAAAUCUACUUUUUACUUUUUCUAUUACACAAAAAGCACUUAUUUUACCAAACACUACCAACUUUUACUACUAAUCACUUUUUUCCCAAAAGUGCUUUUAUUUAAGCAGAAGUGGUUGCAAACAAAGCCUAAAUUGUGUUUAAUUACCACCCACCAUGUAAGUGUCAACUUUGGCUAAUACUGAAAAUUUAAUAUAUAUAAAAAAAUCACUUAAAUAUGUGAUGUUAGACAACAUGUUUAAAUACAAAUGUUAGAAAAUAUGUAUUUUGGCUAUGUUGCAUAUUUUUGGAAUUUCUUUAAUUGUUUGAAACUUAUAUACAAGAAAAUAUGGAGUAUUUUUGGACUUUUCUUUAAUUGUUUGAAACUAUGUUGUUAUUUUGAAACUUGCUAAUGUCCUAUAUUAUUGAUUAUUGAUUUUUGGAACUUCGUGAGUUUUUACUAAUUUCAAGACAUGAGAAUAGAAACCGUAAAACCCGGACCGGACCGACCCGUUUCAAACAGGCCGGGUAAUUUCCGGUUCCUAUUUUGAAAAUUGUAAUACCCGGACCGGACCGUACAAUGAAACCGGCGGUUCCAUUUUAUUUUGUAUUACCCGCCCCGACUCGGCCCGUGCCCAGCCCUAGGUCAGAUGAUUAAAGCCCCUUUUAUUUAAUCUACUAGUAAAAGAGGUGCAAGGGUUGAGAUUAAUGGCUAAGAUAAAUUCUCACUUUCCAUAUAAAUGGGUCUUUUUAUUUGAUCUUUCUCUAUAUAUAUAUAUAGACUUUGGAUCAAAUAAAAAGUGGUUCCUAGAUGAAAAAUAAGAACUAAUCUUGGCCAUUGAUGUGAAAAAUGGAUGGAAGAGAUCAAAUUUUAAGUUGGAAAUGCGGUGGCAUUUUGGUAAUUAUGAUGAUCUUUGAAUGAAAUUAUUGUAACAAAUGUGUACGAGGAAUUUCAAAAAGUGCAAAUGUAGAGCCAAAAGGUGCAUUACGGUACAUAAUAAAAUCUGCACAAAUUAAAAGCAAAUUAACAAUCUUUUUAUCACUUAUGAGUACACUUUUGUUCAUUAUCUAUCCACUUUAUAUUAUAAACGUUUGCACUUUUUUGACAACGUGUAUUGUGAUUAAAUUUCAUCUAGUCCAUCCAUUUGCAAGUGAUUAAAGGCCAAGAUUUGUUCUCACUUUUCAUGGGAAGACUACUUUUUACUUGAACUCAUCCCCUAUAUAUAUAUAUAUAUAUAUAUAUAUAUAUAUAUAUAUAUAUAUAUAUAUAUAUAUAUAUACACACACACACACACACAACUAUUCAGGUCCGGCCAGGCCGGACCACUCCCCCCGUCCGGCCUCCUCCAUUUGGGGGUCUUCCCGGUGGUAUUUUUUGUUCAAUUUUUUUGUGUAGGUUCCUCAUCAAGUCUAGUUCAUCCAUACCAAAUUUCAGCCAAAAAUUCAAUCGGGAAGGUUGUCAAAUGAUUUUUGCAAGUUAACUGAUCCAGAAAAUACAUCCGCUAUUGCUUACAUAGUUCAGGACACUCUUCACAUCCGCUCAGUGUUGUUUGAGCUUGGCUUUCCCAUCACGGUACCAGUCCAUUUGCUGUGUGAUAAUAUUUCUGCUUCAUAUAUACUUGACUGCUAAUCCAGAUCAACAUUCUCGGAUCGAGCACAUUCAGAUUGACUAUCAUUUUGUUCAUCACCAUGUUGCCCAUGGUGAUUUGGCCGUUCAAUACAUACCUACUCAUCUACAGCUGGCAAAUAUUUUUACUAAAAGUCUCCUUAGUCAACGUUAUCAUCGUUAUCAUGCAUUUUUAAAGACAACUUGCACGUUGUUCCUCCCGCACAGUUUGAGGGGGUGUAAUAAUCUGUUUUUUUUUUUACCCCGGAAGGCAAACCAACAAAAUCGGUGGGGUAAAAGCCGGGGGACAAUUACCAGAUUUUAUUGAAAAAUAAAAAAACAGAUUACAAAAAAACAUGGGAUCUAGGGAUAUUUAUGUAUUUUUACAUUAUAACUCUUUAUUAUAAAUAGAUUUAACAGGGCUUCUUAGAGAGCAAUCUGUUCCAUUAUUUGACACUUUCACCGUGACUAGUAACUCAAAAGGACGAAUCUAGCAAAACUAAAACCAUUGGAUUAAGUGAGAAAUGCAUAUUUGUGAUCUCUCUCUCUCUCUCUCUCUCUCUCUAUAUAUAUAUAUAUAUAUAUAUAUAUAUAUAUAUAUAUAUAUAUAUAUAUAUUUAUUGGUUUAAGUGAGAAAUGCAUCUAAUGUAAGAAAUGAGAAUGAAUCUCAGCCAUUGGAUUUCCGAUUUUGCACUGAAAAUAGUUUGAUGUUGAAGUAAGAUUUAAUUUUUUCCAGUGUUGCACUAAAACUGUUUCAUAUUGCGCUAAAAUUUGACGACGUUGCACCAAAACAGCUUCAUGUUGCACUAGAUGGCUGUAAUACGGAUUUUUCAGAAAAUGCCACCAAACUAGGUUUCAUAUUUUAGUGCAAUAUAAAGAGUUUUUAUUGCAAAAUAGACGAAUCCAACGGUUGAGAUUCAUUCUCAUUUCUCACCUUAAGGCUUCUUCUCACUUGAACCUCACCCUAUAUUAUAUAUAUAUAUAUAUAUAUAUAUAUAUAUAUAUAUAUAUAUAGAGAGAGAGAGAGAGAGAGAGAGAGUUUGGAUCAAAUAAAAAUGAGACUUAACGUGUAAAAUGAGAAUUAAUUCGAGCCGUCCAAAUUUUCAAUCUGAUGCACAUUAAUCCUUAUCCAUUGCACUGCGCAUUAAACCAAAUGUCUUCAUCCUAUUACAUUCAUAUACAAUAUUAUAGCUCCAAGCAUAGAAAGUUAGAAAUAUAUAAUAUCUACUUAUAUUUAAAUAUAUUAUACCUAGUUAUAUUUAAAUAUAUAUAUAUAGUAUUAAGUAAUAUACAUUAAAGUAUUAAAUAAAAUUUUACUACUCAUCUCACAGUAGUGUAGUUAUACAUCUAUACUAUUAACAUCAUAUUAUAUACUCAUCACAUUUUCAUGUUAGUCAUAGUAGCCGCGCUAUCAUAUUAAUAUUAGUUACAUUUUAAUAUUAGUCACAUUUUAAUAUUAGUUAAAUUUUAAUUUAACGUUGUCACAUUUUCAUGUUACUCACAUUUUUAUAUUAGCCAC